AUGCAAGACUUUCCCUCUGAAAAGCAUCAAUCAGAAAACUUGACUGAUACCAAGGCGCCAACUUCACAAACAGAAAUUUUACCAGCAAAACGAGUUAGAAAGCCCCGAUUCCCAAAACUCACAAGGACUCAAAGUUUACAUGAACUAGUUCCUCUUAUUGCUGCAUCCUCAUCAAUGAUCUCCGUAACAAUUCACAAAGAAGCCUACUUCAUGAUGUCCUUGCAUGCCCAUCUAUAUCACCAUGAAAUUAUUGGCUGAAUGGCUGGAAAACUCACUGAUGGCUCACUCGAAAUCGAGUCCGCCUACCCAGUGAAAGAAAUUGACCAUGAAAACGGUCGCAUAAAUGUGGAAAUGGAUAUUGACAGCGCUGUGAACGUUAGGUCAGAAAUAGAAGAAAGAGGACUGAACAUCGUUGGGUGAUAUCAUUCUCACCCAACUUUUGAUCCUGACCCAUCUCGACUGGAUAUUGAUAAUCAGCUAAGCUAUCAGAAAGCUUCAGAGAGCAUGUUUAUUGGCUGCAUUAUUACUCCUUAUCUAUCUACUUCAAAAAUUGAAGGGAUUUUAUCGCUUUUCAAUGUACAAGUCAAUAAUGAGCAACUCAAGCGAGUAGGGCAUCAUCCUGCGUUUUCUAUUAGGUACUCUUACUUGCAGACUCCGCUUAGCCAGGAUGCAAUAAAAAGAGCUUUGAAAUUGAUUCAGACUUAUAAACACCUCAAUAAAUCAAUCAACCCAUCCAGAGUUUGGAAAAGAGGAAUCACUUAUGGGCAGAAAUUAAGGCUCCUUCUUGAAAAAUUUGAGCUAUCGCCUGAACAAAUUAAUGAUAUCUAUAAAGCGUUUAUUGAUUAA